AUGUCUUCCGAUGAUAAAACUGUGAUCCAAUCUUUUAAUAAUGAGACAAAGAUCCUAGACGUGAGACAUCAAAUAAAAAUUGUCAAAUUUAGCGCGCCCGGAGCAGACAAGGCACACGGAGAAACAUACAGAUCCUCCGGUAUAGUAAUAGUGAUAGUAAUUGAAUACACAAACGUUCGCUUCCAAGUCAAUGAUAUUUCUUACCAGUACUUGCCUCAAGUUAUUGACGGCGACGAAUAUAAAAUUGCCGAAAAUAUUCUAAAUCAAGAUGAAUAA